AUGUUGGUUUUAUCAAUGGUGCUCGGUUUCAUUUUACUUGCGUCAAUCAAAGAGCUUGUAAGAUUUAUAAACGGACUAGUAAAACUGAAGUCGACUACAACACCAAAUAUCUCAUUCCUGUGGAAUUUAGCAUUUAUCAGUGUGAUACAAGCGCUUUUUGGUACAAACACCGUGUUUAUUUCAACCCUAACUGGUCACAACAUGCGUGGAUAUCAUUGUCAAUUAGAUGCUGUAAUUAACUCUUCUUGUGCGUUUGGAAUGAUUUUCCAACUAAUGAAUAUAUGUGUUGUACAAAUAAAUCCAAAUUUUCAUGGCGAUGGCUAUCUAAAGAAAAUUGCACCAAGUUUGUGCAUCGUAUGGGGUGUGUCAUGGGCGGUACUUCCAUUAUUUGGAAUAGGGAAGUGGGUUCCACAUUGUAAAGGUGUUUAUUGCUGUCUUGAUUUCACAAGCGAUAAUUUUUAUGAUCGAACUUAUUUCGUCUUGCUAACUGUGUUUGGGUUCGCUCUACCUGUCUGUUUAAUGGUAACACUGAGUUUUCUACCUACGAAGAAGGAACGAAAGAACACAGCUUUAAACAACGAAACUUACAGCUACCAAAGUCAUGGACUUAUAAACAUAUUUCCAAUCGUUUUUGUGUUUACAAUCUUGUGGCUACCGACUGGUGUGGUAGCCACACUUCGUAUGCUUGGAUUUAAUGAAUACAUCAGCGACUAUAUCGAUUUAUUUGAUAUCCUUUGUGGCUUUUGUUCUUAUGUGACGUUAUGUCAUAUGCUGUCAAACCAAUUACAACACUUUCCUGUAAAAAAAGGUAAAAACAUGAAAUUAGCAAAUGGAGAUUUAAAUGCCAAUGAUUUGAAAUUUGAAUAG